AUGACCUCGACACCCAAGGCGAUCGUUAGCAAGGCUCGCUAUGCUCCACCAUGGUCUGACCUCAGCAUUAUUGGCAUUGCCGGUAGCUCUGGUUCUGGCAAGUCGAGUAUUGCGAGGAGCAUCGUGAGCCAGUUGAACCUGCCAUGGGUGGUGAUUGUGUCGAUGGAUUCAUUUUACAAGAGCCUGGACCCUGAGUCGUCCCGCAAGGCAUUUUUGAACGAGUUUGAUUUUGACUCGCCGGAGGCUAUUGACUUCGACGCGUUAUUGCAUGUUCUCAAAGACUUGAAAGCAGGACGGCGAGCCGAGAUCCCACAAUACUCGUUCACCGAACACAAACGCCUCAAGGGAACAACAUCCAUAUACUCGCCUCAUGUCAUCAUUCUCGAGGGUAUUUUGGCGCUGCAUGACCAGAGAAUUCUGGACAUGAUGGACAUGAAGAUCUUUUGUGACGAGGACGCCGAUGUGUGUCUUUCAAGGCGCAUCAUCCGUGAUGUGAACGAACGUGGCCGUGAUGUCCAGGGCAUCAUCAAGCAGUGGCUCGCGUUUGUGAAGCCCAACUUUGUCAAGUACGUCGACCCGCAACGAAAGGUUGCCGACAUCAUUGUGCCGCGUGGCAUCAUGAACAAGGUUGCCAUCACCACGGUUGUGCAGUAUAUCCAGCAGAAGCUUCGCGAAAAAUCAAAAGAGCACCAGGCCACCCUGACAAGGCUGCAGCGGGAGUCUAAGAUGACGUCGCUGUCAGACCGGAUUGUGUUUUUGCCUCCGACGCCACAGCUGCGAGGCAUGAACACCAUCAUCCAUGAUGUUGAGACCGCCAGUGAGGACUUUAUCUUUUACUUUGAUCGCCUCUCGGCCCUUCUCAUCGAGCUUGCCUUGAACAAUGCCACCUUUGCACCUGCCGUCGUCGAGACGCCCCAGGGCAACUCCUACCAGGGCCUAAAGUCCGAUGGUAUUGUUAGUGCGGUUGUGUUGGAGCGAGGCGGCUCGGCCCUCAAGACGGGCCUACAGCGCGUCAUCCCCGACUGCCGACUGGGCCACAUCCUGAUCGAGACAAACGUGCGCACGGGCGAGCCAGAGCUGCGGUACCAGAAACUGGCGCGCGACAUUGACACACACGCCACAGUGCUGCUGCUGGACGCGCAGAUGUCGUCGGGCGGCUCGGCGCUGAUGGCGGUGCAGGUGCUGCUGGACCACGGCGUGGCGCCGGAACGCAUCGUGCUGGCGACGUACUCCGCCGGGCGGAUGGGCCUGCAGCGGCUGACGAGCUGCUUCCCGGCGAUCUCGGUCGUCGUGUGCCACCUGGUGGAGGAUAUCGAGGAGCGGUGGAUCGAGCGCCGGUACUUCCGGUGCUGA